GAGGUUAAAAAAAAGAAAGAAAAAAAAAAACAUGUCAAAGGAAGAAAAAAUUUAAACCUCAGUUGAAGGCAAAGCUGAAACCAAAGUUAACCUUAUUUUGCCGUUCGCAUUUGCCCUACAUGUAAUUAAUGCUUGCUUGCCGAUGCCGUGCCAGGUAAAUUCAUUUUUGAAUACCCGGUGGAGAAGGGCAGGCAGGCGUAUUUUCCCCACCAUUUUGCAAACAUGUAUGGUUAUUCUUGGUUAUGCCAAUUUUUAAGCGACUCGACUGGCGAGUUUAACUUCUUUGCCAACCAGAGAGGCUCCCCCCGCGAAUAGCGCUGCUUCGGCCGCUGCAUAUUUUUUUUUUCCACUUGGCAGCACUGCAACCCUGCAACUUUGCCAGACCAUUUUUUCUACAUUCCCGGUGACCGCUUUACGAGGCAGUUUUAUCCGCCCAGAACGUAUGCACUUGUAAUAGGGCACGGCUGGGGGAAGGGCAUCAAUUUGUUUUGGGCUGCGACCCCCGAGAGCGUACAUUUGAAUAACUGCGCCGGGACCAGGCAUAAAGCAAUCCCGAGGAUUGAGAACAACUUAACCGAAGGGGGGCGAACAGUAGGGAGUGAAUAGUACGGAACGUAUGAGCCCCCCCCCGGAGCGCAUAAAAAGGCAUCCACGUCUUCCUGCGGAUAGGCUGUACCCACCUCGCUCACCGCGCUAUAAUAGUAACGACUUGGAGAGACUCCCCCCCAAGCGCACCUGCGGUGACGCCCCGAACAAAUGGAUAAGUUUAAAAAAUGCAAAAGGAAAAAUGUGGGGAGUCUGAAGAAGGCGAAGAGUUUUAUUAAAAGAAAAAAAGACCCCUCGCACGUGAGUAGCAGCGGGAACGGCGCGACGAACGACUUCAUCACAAACGUAAUUAUAAAAUACGUGAACCAGAGGAAACAUGAAAAGCAGAAAAAUGGAGCGAACGUGCAAAAUGAACAGUACAGGCAAUUCUUUGCAGACGAAAAUGCAAGCGAAAUGUUGAAGGAACGCCUGUUUGGAAAAAACGAAAUUGGAGAGAUAGAUAUACUUAAAAAUUGCCUCCUUUUUAAUGAAAAAAAUGAACUUCUCCAAAAAGUGAGCUACACAAUUCUGUAUGAUGUUAUAAAAAAAUGUAUAGACCACGAACAUGUGUUGAUGAAGGUGGAAGAAUUAGGAUUCACAGCUGAAAAUAUAAGAGACAAAAAUGACGAGCAUGUAAGCAUAUGCUCCAAGUACAAAGCUGACGUUUUUUUUGGGUACAUAUAUAAAAAUUUAAAGGCCAUAAAAAUUACCAAAAAUUUUCAAUUUCUAUGCAAACUUAUGAGUGUGAUGAGAUUUGUCACGGGUAUUAUGCCCUAUAUGUACAAAGUAAAAUUUUUAUUUUCUCUUUGCUCCAUUUUUAAUAUAUACCAGAAGGAGUGCGAGAGUGGUAGGCAGCACCCAACGGUGCUGGGCAUCCCCAAAAGGGGGGGAACUCAACAAGGCGACAGUGCAGCCCCGCAGAAUGACACCCUUUUUGUCAGUUCGGAUGAGGAAGACCAAUUUUGCCACCUCCUUUUUGAGCUCCUAAAUGAGUUAAUAAAUCUGCACGAGAAUUAUAACACAUACGACGAUCACUACCAGGUGUUUAACUUCUUCGUUUUGAGGUGGAUUUUAGUCUACUUCCAAAAUAAGCACCCCUUUUUUGCCAAGGGGAAGAUGGUGCAUUCCUUGGCCAAGGUGAAAUACGUCAUGUUGUUAUUCACUCUGUUGAGGAGGCUACACGAGAGUGCAAGUAAGAUAGCGGUUUUGGAGAGCAAAGUUUGCGGCGGAGGGGGAAACGCGCUAAGUGGUACCCUCGCGGGGGGGAUCCACAUGAUGGAAAAUAACCGUGUAGAGGCAGACUGUACGAUUUACCACCCACCUGAGGAGGAAGGCACAAAUGCGCCUCUCCUUCCGAAUGAGCAGCAGGCCUUCAAAUAUGGAGCGGCCCACCCAAGCGAAGCAACCCUGUUAGACGUACUACACCAAAAUGAGAACGUAAAAAAUGAGAAAAUAAAAAGUAACCAAGUCGAAUUAAAGACCAUGUUGGAGAGCUUUUACGAUAAGGUCGAUUUGCAAGUGGAAAGGAGGUUCAAAGAAGUGAAGGACACCAUGAAUACCCUCACGCAGAGUGUAUUUAUGACGGCCUACAAUUUAAUUAGCAGCAUGCACAUUGUACAUAGACACAUCGCAUUGCUGCAUUUUUCUUUUAAUUUUUUAAAAAUGAAAUCUUUUGAAUAUUCCUACUUUAUCAUUUUUAAUGCAUUUCAAUUGCUUAACAAAUUGUUAACGGUCCAGAAUUUUGCAAUUCACCCGAUGAUCUUUUUGGCUACCCAAGAGGUUUUCUCCUUUUACGAAAAUGUGGUCAUUCAUUUGUAUAAGGGGAAGGAUGAUCCGCAGGAGGAGUUCUACCAGUUUUGCGAAAAGUUUAAUUCCAAGCAUAGUGGAGUCUAUUCAUCCGUUUUGAAGAAAAUUUGGAGUUUGUACAUGCUCAUAAUUUCGGAUGAAUACGUCAAAAGAGAGAAAGGAGGAGGGAACCCCACUGAGGGCAACCUGCAUUUUGUUCUUAACCAGGUGGAGAAACAGACAGACGCACCAGAAGGGAGCAACAAAUUAACCAGUAUACUAAGAAUCACCGAUUUGGAAUUCCCAACAGAGUACAAAAUGAUCAUCCUCAAAUCUGCAGAUGAGACGUACAAGAACUGCCUAACGAAUUGCCUAUCGAAGACAUUUCGCAUACUAGGCUUCAGCACCUUUUUCGAAGAAUAUUUUUUUUUCACCAGCAGGGAGUUGCUCUCCAAGGAUGUGUUCAUACUGAAUAGAGUUUUAAAAGAUACCAACAAGACGUACCACGGAGGGAAUUUCAAAUUUCUCAUCAAUUUUUUCUACCCUUUACUUAUGCAUUUCAUCGAUUUGUAUGAAAGGGAAGAAGAGUAUACCAUUAAGAGGAAGUGCUUUUUAGGCUAUAUAAAAAAUGUGCUGGUCCAUUUCUCGCGGGCAUUAAAUGACUGCAUCAAUUUGUACUAUUUCGUCUCUACCAAUCUGGAGGACUUAUACAUAUUGGUAACCAAAUUCACCAACUGUAAUGAUUUCCACUUGCUGCCACUGUUUGUUAAUUUUUUCAAGAAUUUUUACCUGUCCACGCUGAAGGCCAACGGUCAGGGGGCACAGUGGUCCCCCUACAGUGUACAUUAUGACCAAGCGGGGAGAGACAUUAAGUGCAAAUAUAGCCUCUUAAAUUUAAAGAAAAAUAAUUUCUUCUUAAACCACAUUUCGGACAACUUGCUGAAAAUAUUUUUGCCCAGAUUUAUCUCCAUUGUGACGUCUCACUAUGAGCAGAAGUUUGCUAGCGCCGCUUUGCAGUCGAGCGGAAAUAGGACCGGUGUAUCCAUGGUCAUUGAAAGUUUUUCAAAUUUGCUACACGUUGCUUUGCAGUUUUCUUCCGACGCAAAUUUGAGUGAAGUGCUGAGUCUCCUCGAGCAGGUCAUCCUCAGGAACGAAAUUGAGAAGGAAAUUUAUUCCCUCAUUAGCAUAAUCAUUGUGUUGAAAAUUUUAACUCCAUUUUUUACCUAUGAGGAACUCACCCUCUGCUCGCUGUAUUACCAGAAGUUGCUGCAUUUGGUGGGCGAGCUGGUCAGUAGGAAAAUGUCCUCCAUAAGGGGUUCAUUACGCGGCUUGAGGGGGAGAAGGGCGGACAGAGGAGGGGCGAAUAAUCAAUUGGAAAAACCUAUCGGAGGGGGGAAUCGCCGUAUGAGAAGCGCAGAACAGGGCUGUUGCGUCAACCCCAUCGGCGUGAGCGCAAAUGUAAAUACAAAUGCAAAUACAAAUAUAAAUGCCCAGUUUGAACUUCCAACCCAGGUGAAUGGAGAAAUGGGCGCAACGGCAAUGGGCAGUCAAAAUGGGCUCCCUCCGCUGAGCAGUAAUGGAAUCCGCGGGCAGCAUGACAACUUGAUGCAGAUUGACUGCGCGGGCGCCCCCUUUGGCGACCCCCCCCAGGUGCAGGCUGCCCAGUGUGGAGACACCCCCACUGCGCGCAGCAAAGGAAGAAGAAAUUCUAAGAGCACCACGCGAAGGGGAAACAAGGAUCAAAAAAGUAUCGACAAAAAGGGCAAAAUUAGAGGCCUCAUUAAGAAGGAAAAGCGAAAAAACGACUCCGCGAAAAAGGAAAAGGCAAGAAGGACAAAAAUUACAAAAGAGCUAAAAAUGGACGUCGAAAAGUACAAAUUUGUGAGGAUCCUCAUAUACGACAAUGUUGCGGCGCUGUUUAAAUAUUUCGGAAAUAUAUUUUCAAAAAGAAAUAACUAUAGGGACUCCAGUGGUGGGGUUAGCAUAAAUAUGGGCUGCUCCACCAGUGGGAUAUGCGAGAGCGUACCAAGUGGCAUGCGCCACAUGAGCAGAAACGAGAGGCUCAUCCUUAGCAAUGUAUAUGUGGACGGCAGAGUGGUCCAGAGCAAACUCCCCGCCAUGAUGACCAAGGAGAAUAUCCUCCCCUUUUUCGAUAACCUAGACAGCUAUAAUAUAAAUAAGUAUAUUAAAAAAUUUUACGUGUACCUGAAUGGCCUGACGUUUUACCUAAAAGAGGGGAAACUUCUCGAUAGGGACUACUGCCACGAGUUAUUUUUUGAAAUGCUGCCACUCAUAAUGAAGGCCCUAUUUUACAUCAACAAAAAGUUCACCACCAAGUUGAGGAGAAAUAGCCUAUUUGAACAUAUAACUCAAUUGGGUUCAUCCAAUUUGAAAGCAUUAUUUCUGCACGUGACGCCAGGUUUGUUGGUGGAAGAAGCCAGUUGCAAGAAGAUAGCCAUUUACCUUCUCUACUUGCUUGUAAGAAGGUACAAAAUUGAGUAUGGGGACCAGGUACAGUUAUUCAGUGUUUGUGUAGCCCUAUCAAAUGGUAGUGAGAAGAGCCUCUUAAAAAUUUUCGUAAAAUUUUUGCUCACCUGUGUAAAACACUUUAGAAAAGACCUCAUCCUGGGGAACAUGCCACAGCUCAUGAAUCUUCUUAAUACCAUUUCACAAAUGAAGAGGAGGGCACUUAACUACCUCGUUGAGAAAUUUCUCUACAGAUUAUACCUCUUUGUAAGCGAAUCUGAGGUAGUAACGGAACAGAAGGAGAAACCGCACGAUGUUAUUAUGACCUACUUGUCCAAGGCGAAUAGGAAAAUGUUCAACAAAAUGGUACAGAAGAAGGGGCUCCACGGUAGUGAAAAUAGGAGCGAUAGAAGCGAUGAUGAUGAUGGUGUGCGUGGAAGGCGACUGGCUCACCACCAGAGGAGAGACAAACUGAAAAGCAGAGAUGCCCAAAUAACGGCCAAUUCAUCAGACGAAGGGUCGUCCGUCAUGUCCUAUGCCCUUUCGGAGGAGGAUGCGCUGUCCGAAUCGAGCGGGGCGAGUGAGCAGGGAGGGGCGCUACUGAACAAGGGAAGAAACAAACGCGGUAAGAAGCAUACGAAGCAGGCGAAGCAGACGAGCCAGACAAACAACCGCAAUUUGAAGGCAAAAAAUCAGAACCGCAGUUUGGCCAACUUUUUCGACAAUUUAAAAAGCAUGAGGGGGCAGAAGGAGACGAGCUACAUAAAAGCCGCCGUGGACGACAUCCUGCAGGGCCAAAAUAAAAGAAAAAGAAAAAAAGAAAAGGGAAAGGAGAAGGGGAAACAGAACGGCAACGAGAAAGAGACCAAUGUCAAAGUCAACCGAAACGUAAGUGAUGUGCUCAACAACUUGGGAAGCUCCCUUUUUAAGAACAAAGCAAAGUUUAACAUCCCCUUAUCGAAUGAAAAGGAAAUAAACGACCUAUUUGGCGAACAGUAUUUCGUGAAGCGAGGGUUGAGGAAGGAAAGGAAAAGGGCAAGCGGAGGAGGAGGUCAGUCUGGCCACCGAAACUCCGACUAUGACCAUAGCGAUGGUGAUGAAGACGAGGGGGAUGACGCAAAUGUAGAAGUGGGACUGGAUGGAAAGAUUAUUAUCCACCCUGUAAAUGCGAAUUUGCAAAAUGCGAGAAAUAAAAAGAAAGACGAUGUGAUGAACAGAAAGUAUAACCCCCUGAAUGAGAAGCAAAACAUGCACGCCAAACUGAAGUUACACAACAAACAGAAAAAUAAAAAAAAAGCGAACACCUUCGUCACGGCGGAUAAAAAGGCAUACACGUCGAAGAAGGGAAAGGGGGACAUCAUCAAGAAGGACAAACUACUCCCCUACUCGUACGUUGAGUUGAAGCCUAUUAUGACCAAAGACAAAUUUAGGACCAAAACGCUGCACGCAUUUCGAUCAAUUAAGAAUAAUUCCAAGAGAAGGGCCAGGAGGGGGAAAAACUGA